GGCAUUCCAGGAAUAUCAAGUCAUGUUCAGUCUGUUAUGUCAAUUAUUGUCAUGCUGCAGCUUUCUUGAGUCAACUGAACUAUUUUGAUGUCCCAGCCUCUUUGAAACUAUUCAAUACCCUUCUUGUCCCUUAGAGGCAAAUGUGCUCCACACACCAUCAGAAAACAAUGUUGACGUCCGUCCUCUGUUCUCCUCUGUCUGUCUUUCUCUCUCUCCCUCUCUCCCUCUCUCAACAUCCGACGAACUCAGAGCAAGCAGCAGCCCACUUCCAAUUGUCAUGGCAACAGCAUGUGAACGCAUUGGGCCAUAGGAGUAGACUGUAGAGUGGAUGUAGGAGUGCGGCAUCGGAAGCCACCGCUCUAUCUCCUGAAGCAAGCUGCAAGGUCACAUCCAGCUGAAUGAAUAGUGAAACCCUGUUCUCUAAAGAGGAGCCAUCUCACCAAGGAUCCAUCUCUGCUCAGCCAAUCAGCCUGUGAUCUGCCUACUCUCAGGCCUGUCUCUAAUGCCAUGGAGCACAGGGCCCUGAUGUGUACCAGUCAGCCCUGGAAUGGGCCCAAAGGCUCCACCUUCACCCCCAACUGGGACGCCCCAUUAUGCCAACCAAACAUGAUGUCCCCUUGCCCUGACGUGGUAAAGUCCCCAUGCCAACAUGCUGCCAACAUAUGCCACCUUUCAGAGGCCUCUGUGAACUCCCAGUCCCAGCAGAUUGGCCCCCACGCCUCAACAUCCUCUGGGUUCUCUGCCACUGCCAACACUGAAAGGGAGUGUAAUAUAGCCAACCCCAUUCAAAAUGAGGAGACGGUCCUGCCAGCAUACAACCCUGGGUUUCACGGACGCUCCUUCUCCGCAGCCACUGCCUCAAACCCAAUCCCUCCCAGACGCAGAUGUGAUAGCUAUGUCCACCUAUGCCCUGACAACAGCUCAGAGGACACUAGCAGAGGCGACGCCAUCCGGUUGAGCCCAGACGUCUCCCCUGAUCACGGUGGUCCGCGGUCGCGGUCCCGCAGCAUCAUCCUAAGGAAGACAAAGAGGAGGCCGGCGCCGCCAACCCGUAGCGUGUCCCUCAGGAGAGAAUCUGCCUCCAAGCUCAGAGACAACAGGACUAAGAGCCUUUACAUCGACAGGGACCCUGCCCCCCAUGACUCCUUCCUGCCUGACCUCAUCCUCAUCUCCACACCGAGGACAGAGGAUGAGCUGGGCCUGGAGCAGUCCCCUGCUCAGCCUGUACAGGCUCUGGUUGGGCCACCAGUAAACAACAAUGGGCAACUACGUGAAGUAAGAUCUAUUGAGCCCUGCUGUCCCAUGUCAAGCUCAGGUCCUGCUAUGGGUAUUACUGUAAGUGAGUGCAAAAAAGCCCCCAGCAGAUCAGAAUCGGUCAGACCUCCUCCCCCCUUGCAAUGCCCACAGUCUCUAACUUGUAAGCAGUCCCCCUUCCAACAACCUGCCCCAGUCUCCCCCUCCAGUGGCCAGUCCAGCUCUCAUUGUGAGACUCCUCCCCCUCCUAUCCUCAUGUCUGCCAUCAUGGGACCCUCCCCCUUGGGCUGCAGGAUGCGCCCCAAGUCCUCCACCUCGCCCACCCACCCCAGAGCCAGGACCAGCAGGCUGCGGCUGUCCCUGGAGUUGCCAGGGGUCGUUCCACUCCCAGACCCAGCGGCGGUCAAACCCAAAGCCACCCGGCGCCACUCAGAGUCCUCUGGGUCGUCUGGCACUACCAGACCCAGACAGAGGCUGAGCUCCAGCAUGAUGGUGAUGCCGGUGGUGACCCAGGAGGAGCUCAGCAAUGUGCGUUUGCGUUCUGUCAGCAGCUCCGACUCUGACAAAGGCCUGGAGGGCUCACCUGAAGUCAUCAGGGAGGAGGAGCAGGAACAGGAACAGGAGCUGGAGAGCUGCCCACUGGUCCACCACAGUCCUAAAGCUAAACCACCUGUUGCUGCUAAGCCACCUGCACACAAAUGGCUACCGAUACAUUUGGGAAAGGCCUCCUCCGUCUCUACUCAUUUCUCAGAGACCCUUCCAGCCUCACCAAGAGAAAGCCAGGGGGACAUGUAUAUGGUGGAAAGGAGACCCAAGCCUAAAAGAACGCACCAGCCUCCUCAUGUUGCCAGUGAUAGUGUUAUGGUUCAGAGGCAGCCAGCUGUAGACAGGCAACAGUAUGAUGUGAUUGACCCACACCCACCACCCGCCUCCUGCCAUUUAGAGACCAGGGACGUGAGAAGGACCUCUCCCACCAGGACCACAUUUCUCCUAGCUGAACUGGAUAGGAAGAAGAAGUUGGUUCCCCCUCCAGUCGCAAAGAAACCGGAUGUCCUCUUCAUGCCCUCCAUCAGCUCACUGGGACAGGAGAGUAAUAGGAGCCAUGUCUGGUCUGGGCCCAGUGGUGCUUAUCAGUCUCCUGCCAGUGCUUACCAGUCUCCUGCCAGUGCUUACCAGUCUCCUGCCACUGCAUACCAGUCUCCUGCCACUGCAUACCAGUCUCCUGCCACUGCAUACCAGUCUCCUGCCAGUGCAUACCAGUCUCCUGCCAGUGAUUACCAGUCUCCUGCCAGUGAUUACCAGGCUCCUGCCAGUGAUUACCAGGCUCCUGCCAGUGAUUACCAGGCUCCUGCCAUUGCAUACCACUCUCCUGCCAGUGCUUACCAGUCUCCUGCCACUGCAUACCAGUCUCCUGCCAGUGCAUACAGAGACAAAGACUCUACUGGACAAGAUCUCAACCGUUACAGUAUAAGAGAUGGAUUCUUCGUAGAUGAGAACUGUGAGGAGAGGAGGGCAAUGCCCCAGAUGAGAACACUGUGCCUCAGGGAGCAGGAGGAGGAAGAGUUUGAUCACAACUCCUCACAGCCAACUACUGAGGACCUAUUCACCAUCAUACACAGGUCCAAGAAGAAACUACUGGGUCGCAAAGAAACAGCUGACAGCAGGCAGGGUUACGGAUCCCCAAUUAAAGGCACCCAGGGGGUUGUCCAGAAGACAAGCUCCAAAAAUGACAACUUCAUGGCUUUUCUGCAGAGGCGGAGGAGCAAUAAACACGGCUCUGGGGAGAGACUGUCAGCCGCUGAACUGCUGAAGAGUACCAAACCAUUGGUCGGUCAACCGUAGAGCAUCAAACAACUCCAAUGUUUAUGUGUCUCACAGUGUUGCAAACACUUUUCACUCAAUAUGGGGCAUGAGAGUAUUGUGGACAAUCAGGGACAAGGGGAGGGGCUAUUGUUAAUAUUGCUUUACGUGCUACACUGACAACUUGUUUCUGUGAUGGCAAUACAGCGUAUAGAGGUCAUUUCUAACUCUAAAUAUGACAACAUGUUGGCCAGCUGUGUAUUGCUUACAGUGAGGGAAAAAAGUAUUUGAUCCCCUACUGAUUUUGUACGU